AUGAAAACUACUACCACCACAACUCUGUUCUCACUCACAGAAGUCCCGCGUGGGCCAGAUGGACAGCCUCUGCGACGAUCUGAACGCCUCAGAAUAACUGAAAGCAAGCACGAGCUCUAUAAAGAGCUUCAACAAGAGAACGGCGUCAGAUACGAGAGGCGUGUGCUUUAUAAUACUCAGAAGAAGAAGUUCUUCAAGCUCUAUGCCGUCAGAGCACUAAAUGUCAAGCUCGACAACCUGUGGCCGGGAAGAAUCGUCAAAGCAAUCGAUUGUUAUCCUCAAGUCGACACCAAAGCAGAUCCUUAUGAUGGUACCAUCGGAAGAUCAUCGGUAGCUGGUCCGAUCGCCGCGAAGUUUCGAAUGAACAAGUAUGUUAGUGUCUCUACGAAACCUGACUGGCGUGGGGAUACACCAUGGGCUGGAAUGCCAAUCCUUGCAAAAUUCAACAAGGCCUACAGUUGCGAAGAUAAGUGCUAUGCUGAUCUCUCCCGUCCACACUGGAUCAGUCAAUGGGAACAUGUCUACGACGAUGUUGGUCACAUCAAAGGUGGAGAGUACAGCAGGCUGAUUGAUCUUCUCACCAUGAAGGAGCGGGAAUUCAGAACUGCUGCUUUUGCGAAAUUUGAUACAGAUGACAACCAACCUGAGGAAUGGGUACCUUGGGAUCCUGACAGCGAACACCAGCCGAAAUCUGGUGUUAGAUAUGCCGAUAAGAAGUCAGAAAGGAUGAGCAAGAAGACGUUCCAGCGUGUUUGA